AUGCCGGUUGGAAGCUAUUUUGCAGUUAAGCCCUGGUUAAAGCACCAACUACUGGAACGUAUUGUACGCACCUCGGCAUUUUCACUGUAUGGUAUUGUAACCAAAAUACUUCGCCAACCUCAAAACAUCAAAACAUCAAAUAUCUGCGCAGAUGAUCCUCAACAGCAUUCCAACCUUCCGGUGCAACGCUCGAUUCAUAUCCGGCCACCUCCCCUGAGGUACCUAGUGGUGUUGGGUUCUCCUGUGUUCUCUUCCUCGCGCUCCAUGGCCGGCUCCCGUCCCCGUAAUGACUCACUGUCAGGCAAAUUAUGGGCCUCUUCCUCGCCUGCAGCUGGCGGCGACGAGGAGACAUCCUCCUUGCUGGGAACUGGUUUGACUACUCGACAUCUUGAGGCUUUUACCCGCAAAGUCUCUACCACCGCUAGCCAUCUCAUCGGCCCAAAACAAGACACUCCCAGCGGAGCACACUAUCAUUCUGCGGUCAAUGAUAUCCACAAGGAGCUGCGACGCCCGUCCACGCAACGGAGAAUGUUUUCUCUCGCCCAGACCACUCCGACAGACCUCGUCCGAUCCAAACUAUCUACCUCCGAAAUCCAAAAUCGCGCUAUUUCUGCUCUUCCAGAUGAACUGUUAGUGAAUAUUCCGGAGGGCACGAGCUCAUACUCCUUGUUCCAGGGAUUUCAGGCCUCCAUGCCAGAAGAUGAACACGAGCACAGGAAAUCACACCGGAGGCGAAGCUCACGUGCGCAUAAAUUAUUGGAUAGUGCGGGAUCGGUUGCGGGGACAUUACCACCUACUAUCUCUUCAUUAAAGAAGGACCGGGAUACGUUCAGUCGAAGACUGGAAAUGAUGGGGAUAAGGAAAAACAUGUGUAGCGCGGAAAUUCACGAAAUAGAUAACAAGAUUGCGAAUUUGCACAGUAUGCGGAAAAUUGUGUUGGACCGUCUAGCGCGGCUUGAGAUGGAUGAGGCGGAUUUGGAACAUGACUUGGUUCAAUUAGAUAACAAACUUGAGGAUAUGGAGGAGGAAGCAGCAACGUCCCCGGACACGCCGAAGACGAAUGAUGCUACAGACCCCUCAGUCGCAUCCGACACACAAGCCAUGGAUGCGUCUUUUAUGUCGAAGUCAAUCUAUGAGAAACUCCCAUCUCCCAAGACCUGGAAAAACAAAUCAUUCAGUCAGUUCAUUUCACCCACCCCGCUCCGCCAUUCUCAAAUCAAUAUUGAUAAAAAAGUUGUAGGAAAGAGAUCUAUGCCCGUUCUCCACGAACAUUUCGAGCCGGGCUCCCUAAUGAAAGAAAUAGAAGCACAUAAUGACAUGAUAUCUGCGAUCGAUUUUGACGUCCCCUUUGGAACAAUGGUCAGCGCCGCGUUAGAUGACACAGUCCAAGUCUGGGAUCUAAAUUUGGGCCGAUCUAUGGGAUUCUUAGAAGGUCACCAUGCCUCCGUGCGUUGCUUGCAGGUCGACGAUAACCUCGUCGCCACGGGGUCCAUGGACGCAUCGAUCCGGCUAUGGGAUCUCAGCCGAGCAAAAUAUAUCCCCCGGGAUAAUCGCAUUGGCAAAGAGGGCACUGACGACCAGGAGGAUAACGACGAUGGGCUUGACUACGAAAACCCGGCCGCUGCACCUCUACCACCCUCUCCCCGCAGCAUGGAAGAGUGCCACUUGUUCUCAUUAGAAGCGCAUGUCGACGAGGAUAUGGAGGAGGAAGCAGCAACGUCCCCGGACACGCCGAAGACGAAUGAUGCUACAGACCCCUCAGUCGCAUCCGACACACAAGCCAUGGAUGCGUCUUUUAUGUCGAAGUCAAUCUAUGAGAAACUCCCAUCUCCCAAGACCUGGAAAAACAAAUCAUUCAGAAAGAGAUCUAUGCCCGUUCUCCACGAACAUUUCGAGCCGGGCUCCCUAAUGAAAGAAAUAGAAGCACAUAAUGACAUGAUAUCUGCGAUCGAUUUUGACGUCCCCUUUGGAACAAUGGUCAGCGCCGCGUUAGAUGACACAGUCCAAGUCUGGGAUCUAAAUUUGGGCCGAUCUAUGGGAUUCUUAGAAGGUCACCAUGCCUCCGUGCGUUGCUUGCAGGUCGACGAUAACCUCGUCGCCACGGGGUCCAUGGACGCAUCGAUCCGGCUAUGGGAUCUCAGCCGAGCAAAAUAUAUCCCCCGGGAUAAUCGCAUUGGCAAAGAGGGCACUGACGACCAGGAGGAUAACGACGAUGGGCUUGACUACGAAAACCCGGCCGCUGCACCUCUACCACCCUCUCCCCGCAGCAUGGAAGAGUGCCACUUGUUCUCAUUAGAAGCGCAUGUCGACGAGGUUACAGCCCUGCAUUUCCGCGGCAACACACUCAUAUCAGGAUCAGCGGAUAAAACACUACGACAGUGGGAUUUGGUAAAGGGCCGCUGCGUCCAGACACUCGAUGUACUCUGGGCUGCAGCACAGGCACAAGCGUUGUCCUCCAAUGAUAACCCGUGGCGACCGACUGGUCGGUUGCCGGAUACUUCAGCGGAUUUUGUCGGUGCUGUGCAAUGUUUCGACGCGGCAUUGGCAUGCGGGACGGCGGACGGAAUGGUUCGACUGUGGGAUUUACGCAGUGGACAGGUCCACCGCAACCUCGUGGGCCACACGGGGCCUGUAACAUGUCUACAGUUUGACGAUGUGCAUUUGGUUACUGGGAGUAUGGAUCGGAGUAUACGGAUCUGGGAUCUACGAACUGGCUCCAUACAUGACGCGUACGCAUACGACCAUUCCGUAACCAGCAUGAUGUUCGACACGCGCCGCAUCGUGGCCGCCGCAGGCGAAGACGUGGUAAAAGUCUACGACAAGACGGAAGGGCGGCACUGGAACUGCGGCGCAGGAGUGACUGCCGAGGAAGAAGGCAGGACGGCGUCGAUUGUCCAGCGCGUGCGGAUCAAGGAUGGGUACCUGGUUGAGGGCCGGAAGGAUGGAGCGGUUGGGAUCUGGACCUGCUGA